AUGUAUACAUUACAACUGAUAUUUAAACUUCUUACUCUGACCGGUUUAUUAAAACCAUCCUCUUGGAAAUCAUUGUGGAAGAGAGUUUUAUACAAAAUUUAUGCAGGCACAUUAAGUGUACUGCUCAUCUCUUUGGAAAUAUUUCUUAUUCUCGAUCUUUUUAUCAACGUGGACGAUCAGGAUGAUCUUGCCGAGAAUUUGUACGUGACGUUAACGUUACUCUCCAGUUCUUUAAAAACGAUCAUGCUGUUAAUCUACAUAGGAGAUAUACUGAUUUUAAUAGACGUUAUACAAAAGGAACCUUUUGUACCGCUUAAUGAUGAAGAGAUUAAGAUCCGUAUGAAAUUCGAAGAUCAAAUCGAAUGGAACUCUAUGGCCUACACAUUUGCCAUGCACUGCUUCGUUAGUCUAAUGUGGAUAGGUUCGCUUUUUACGGACUUCAGAAAUGGAAGAUUGAAGUUUCGAGUCUGGCUACCUAAAUUCUUGAGCUCGCCACGUUUGUUUGCCGUUAUUUUUUUACAUCAAAUCAUAGCCACGACGUUUAGCACGAACAUAAAUAUCAUCUGCGAUUGCCUGUUCAGCAGCUUGUUGAUUCAUAUUUAUUGCCAGCUGGAAAUUCUUGGACACCGUAUGAGGAAUAUUAUGGUAAACAAGAAGUAUUCGGCGAAAGGCUGUGCUUAUCAUCACGAUCAAAUAUACAAAUUCGCAGUGAUGGUGAACGAUAAUUUUAAGACGAUAAUGUCCAUACAAUUCAUGAUAAGUACUGGAACGAUGUGCUUUAUUCUCUAUCGAUUAUCGCUAUGUAGCUUCGGUCCAAAGUUCGUAGAAAUCGCUUGUUAUUUAUUUUGUCUACUCUUACAAAUAUUCUAUUACUGUUGGUUCGGCAACGAAGUCAAACUGAAGAGCCAGGAGAUUGCAGACAUGAUACUGGAAAACGGUUUAGUGUCAUUGGACGAGAAGUCAAAAAAAAUACUUUUAGUGAUUAUGAGACGUACACUGGAACCCAUUCGUUUCACUGGUUUUUAUAUCAUUUCCAUGAACCUUGAUUCUUUUGUGUCAGUCAGUAUUCUUAAUGUAACCUUAGAAAAUCAGCAUAUAAAUAGUACUGGAAGCAACUUCUCAAGCGUUAAAGGUGUAGACGGGAUAGAAAUGUCAUCUCUCUCUCACAGCACUCCUUAUUUGCACGAAGAUCUCAAAACCAUGACCGAGAAAUUCUCACUAUGCAUUUCCGUACUGGGCGUCUGUCUGAAAGUGGCCAAUCUUUUUCUUCAAAGAAAAGAAAUUAUAAAUGUGAUGAACAUGCUGUUGAAAGAGGAUUGCCUUCCUAAGGAUGAGACGGAGAAGCUUAUUCAACGCAAACAUGAUAUACACGCAAGGAAAUUGACGAUAUACUGUGAGAUCCUUAACGAAUCAGCCGUGUUCUUCGGAACAGUGGCGCAAUUCAAUCUGCUCAUAGAAACGAGAAGUUUACCAUUUUCCGAUUGGAUGCCGUACGAUUUAUCAUCGCAAGAAUCAUAUUUAAUAUCGCUGUUAUAUCAGACGAUGAGUUUGAUGAUCUGCGCGAACACGAGCGUAGCUAACGAGACCCUGAUCGCAGGACUGAUGAUACAAGCCGGGGCGCAAUUCGAGAUUUUCUGCCAUCGUGCCCGGAACUUCGCCGCUUCGAUCACGGAAGCAGAAGGAAAUAAUAUGUUUAAACAGCAUUUGAAACAUAACUAUAAGAGAACUCUGGAGAAUUUAGUGAAAUACCAUCUUGAAAUUUACAGGAAAUUGACGAUAUACUGUGAGAUCCUUAACGAAUCAGCCGUGUUCUUCGGAACAGUGGCGCAAUUCAAUCUGCUCAUAGAAACGAGAAGUUUACCAUUUUCCGAUUGGAUGCCGUACGAUUUAUCAUCGCAAGAAUCAUAUUUAAUAUCGCUGUUAUAUCAGACGAUGAGUUUGAUGAUCUGCGCGAACACGAGCGUAGCUAACGAGACCCUGAUCGCAGGACUGAUGAUACAAGCCGGGGCGCAAUUCGAGAUUUUCUGCCAUCGUGCCCGGAACUUCGCCGCUUCGAUCACGGAAGCAGAAGGAAAUAAUAUGUUUAAACAGCAUUUGAAACAUAACUAUAAGAGAACUCUGGAGAAUUUAGUGAAAUACCAUCUUGAAAUUUACAGAUUUGCCCAAAGAGUGAACAUUGUAUUCCAGUAUAUGAUUUUUCUCCAGUUCUCUAUAAGCUCCACAGUGCUUUGCCUAAGUAUUUAUAAAAUGUCAACAAUAGAUCCAUUCAGCGUAAACUUCAUUUGGAGCGCUUUCUAUUUGUGUUGCAUGCUCAUGCAGGUGUAUUUAUAUUGUUGGUUUGGAAACGAGGUGACGUUGAAGAGCAGCAAAGUGGGCGAUGCUAUUUACGAAAUGGAUUGGACAACGUUGCCUGUUAACGUAAUGAAGGAUUUACUGUUGAUUAUGGUAAGAUCUACAAGACCGGUGAAAAUGACAAGCGGAUACGUACUGACUCUGUCCGUCGAAUCUUUCAGAAGUAUCAUGAAAAUAACAUAUUCGUCCUACAAUCUCUUGACAAAUACUGCGAGUAAAUAAGAAAGUUCAUCUGGUGUCGUCCAAAAGAUUAUCG